AUGCCUCCAAUGCCAUCGAACGCAGGCGGGCAAGCAGGGCCGUCAACAUUCGAUAAACUGAAGAUGGGAGGCAUGAUGGGGGGUUCUGUCGGAUUGAUCAUUGGCUUUAUCUUUGGUGCAACCAACAUAAUUCGAUUUGGACCUGGUCCGAACGGAAUGCUAAGAACAUUGGGACAAUACAUGGUUGGAUCUGGAGCCACGUUUGGGUACUGA